AUCCUGCGGGAUGUAGUUCAAUAAAGGAAGAAGAAGAAGAAGAAGAUUAAUUAGGUUAGAUUUGAUUGAAUUUUUUAACAAAAAUAAAAACAAACAUGCAAAAAUUGAACUCGUUACAAAUUUAACAGUAAUACUCAUUAGAUUAGCUUUCUUUCUUAAUAUCACUCGAAUUAGUAUUGUUUUGCAAGACACCAUUCUCCAUCGUAAGUUCUAAGUUAAUUUUACUGCUACAUCAGGCUUAUCGGGUUUGAUGGAGUUUUUAAAACAGUAUUCACCUGACGCAGCAUCAAUGAUGAAGUGCUAUAGAAUCAUCAAUAGAAAGGUAUAUUUUUCUUUAAGAGUCCUAGAUAUGUAUGCAUAUCGUCUUAAAUGUAUUCAAAACUACAAUUCAACGAAAUCAAGAUCUGAAAAAAGGCAAAAAAUAAACUUCUCAUCUGCAGACAGGAAUAAGACUGCCAUUUUGGAAGUGCUUGAAAAUUUUUUCGACAAAUCCAUAGAAGGAAAAGUAUUAGAAAUCUCAUCUGGUACUGGUCAACAUUCUGCCUAUUUUGCUCCCCAUUUUCCUAAACUUACCUUUUAUACGUCAGAGUAUGAAGAAUCUCUUAUGGAUAGUAUACGAGCAUAUGCUGCUGAUACACCUACAAAAAAUGUAAAGGAACCUGUUUUAAUAAAUGUUAUAGAUGACUGGACCAAGUGGAAUGUUCCAAACGAUUUUGAUUAUGCUAUUAAUAUUAAUAUGAUUCAUGUGACACCUUUCCCUUGUUCAAUAGGACUUUUUAAAAAUGUAAGCAGUAUUUUAAAAAUUGGAGGUCUACUGAUCACUUAUGGAGCUUACGCAAAUAACGGAGUUUUGGAGCCAGAAUCUAAUAGAGAUUUUGAUAGAAGUAUAAGAAAAAGAGAUCCGAACUGUGGAGUAAGAGAUAUUCAAGAUUUAAUAAAGGUUUCAGAAACGUAUGGCAUUAGUCUUAAACAUAUACAAGAAAUGCCGGCCAAUAACAAGUGCAUAAUAUGGCAAAAAACAAAUGUAUUUAAAUAAAGAGUAUUCUCAUUUACAAUGUUCAUGAGUUAAUAUGACAGUACUUUAAGUAAAUUUGUUAAUUUUUUUUAUGAACGUGUUUUAUUCAAAAGUCUGUUUUUCUUUUAUGAUAAAUAAAAAUAAGACACCUUUAAAUUAAUAUUCAUCAGAGCUGGGUAAUUCCUAGUUAAAAAGUAAUUAAUAAUUACAAUUGCCUUUUUUUCAUGUAAUUUGUAAUUGUAUUUAAGUACUUUUUUUCAAAGUAAUUUGGAAUUGUAAUUGCAGCAAAAUCUGUGAAGGAAUUGUACUUUGUAAUUAUAUGAAUUCAUAUUUUUUAAAUUGUCUAAAUACAAUUACUUGUCAUAAGUACAAUUACUUUUCCAAUUACAAUUACAUUUAUAAGUACAAUUACAUUUUUUAAUUACAAUUACUUUUAAAUGCGUGUUUGUGAGAUGCAUGUGAUACAAAAACAAAACAUUUCCUGUUCCAACUGUUCAAUAGAGCUCGAAUUCGCAUCCAUAUCAUUUGCUUGAAUGCAUUUGAGGAAAGCAUUGUGCCUUGAAGCAGUGAAAUUGUUCAACCCAAAAUAAUAACAGUAAGAGGAUAAGUAGAUGCAGAUAUCCUUAUUUCUAAGACGUAUUUUGUAUGUAUAUUAUUAUAAACCUAAUUUAUAUUGCAUAAACAUUAUAAACUAAGGAAAUAUAGUAUGAAGUGGUGCAAAUAGCAGUUUUUAUUGGGUAAAUACCAAAAACUACUUAUUUACGUUGCGUAGGUAUUUCUAGUUAUUAUUCUAGUUUUCUACAUUGAAAUGUGGGCGUAGAAAAAAACAUAGUUUUCUAUACCUACAGGGAUAUUAGCUUAUCUACGCACAGAUUAAAAAGCUAUUGCAUUCAACUGCACAAAUAUAUUUCAUAUCUAUUUUAAGUAGUGAGAACACUGCAAAAAAUGAAAUCCACCAAUCACAGUUCAUAUUUUGGAUACGAAACUACUAUUAUUUUUAAAAUUUUAAAUAAGUAACAAUUAUUCUGUCAAACUAAUUGUCAGUAUAUUUUUUAGUUAUUGAGAUUAAAUAUACACUCAAUAAGGUAUUUUUGUUUAGAAUCGAUAAAUAAUAUUUUUAUUUAAGCCACAAUUUGAAAAAAAAAUUAAAUUUUAAUCAAACUAUAUGAAACUAGUUUAAUUACGAGUAUUAAAACCAAAAUCAUAAGGUGGCGGUGGAGCUGAGGACAGAGCAUCUGCCUUCCAUGCGAAUAGCCUGGGUUCAAAUCUGGACAAGGGACUAAUUUUCUUUUGUUUAUUUUAUGAAUUAGUAAAAAACAUAAAUUAUUUUAAAAUUAGUUAUUUUGUCUUAAUAACCUAAAAUAUUAUAGAUUUUCGUUAAUGGGUAGUACAAAAAAUAUAUUGUACAACUCCAUAUACACUCUUGUUGCACAAACUACUAUUUCAGUUUCAGUAUAAUAUAUCAAUAACAAUAACACAUUAUACAGGAUAAUUUACCACGCCUCUGACGUUUAUAGCGAAUCGAAAAAUACGUGUGGCACUCGAGGACUGCCGCGGUAAAGCUAUUGCAUAGCAUUUUUUAUCAACUUAUACAAUUAUAAUUAUUACUUAUUUUAUUUAUGCAGUAUUUUUUUUUUCUUUGAUAUUAAUUCAAGUUUUUUCUUUGAUAUUAAUUCAAGUUACACUUUUUGAGCGUGGUGACCGAUAAGAAAACAAUUUUUUUCUUUUAUUGAAUAAAUGAGAAGUUAAUAUUGUUUAAAAUAUUUUUAUUAUCUUACAAUACAUGUAGGUUAUUCAGGAAUUAUUAUCAUUGAAACUAUAGGUUUAUGGUAACUGAACUAAGAAACAUAAGUUUGAGACUUGAUAUCCUCUAAAUAUCUGGAAAAUACCGCGUCAAUGGUGGUCCCAUAUUUUGUUGUGGAUUCUUGUGGAUCAUUAUUCAUUUUCAAAUUCAAUUUUUCCGAAAUUAUGUCUAAAAGAGAUAGAAUCAGUUAUGAGCAGUUAGCAGCUAGUCUACACGCAUACGUCUAGUCGCACGCACACAAACACAGUGCCCAAGUCUGCCGAACUUUAACGACGUUGGACGAUGCACGGCUUUCAAUGCCGCACCGCUGUGCCGGUCAGAAUGGGAAUUGUUAGGUUUAUUUUGAUUACGGAAUUUUUUUCGACUUUUCGAUUUUUCUGUUUUUCGAUUUUCUUUUAUUGAAUAAAUGAGAAGUUAAUAUUGUUUAACGCCGCACCGCUAUGCCGGUCGGAGUGGGAGGUGUUAGGUUUUUUUCGUUACGGUUUCGUUUUUUUCUUGAUUCGGUGCCGCGCUCAAAGCCCGCGAUAAAAGCUAUGCAAUAACUUAAUAAAGUUUUAAAAUGGCUCCUAUUUUUUAAGUAUAUAUGAUGAGGAAAACCACCUUUUUAAAAUUAUUUUAAAAAAUGUGGCGUAUCAAAGUUUUGUGACACACCCUGUAUUUUAUUGCAUUUUUAGAUUCUCCCUGAAUAACUAUUUCAUUGAUCUAUCAGACUUGUUUGUUAAAAAAUGAGAUUUUUGAAAUUUUUUCUGUCAAAACUAUUCAUAAUAACUAACUUAUUCCUUCCUAUCCUAUUUCUUUUAUUUACUACCUCAUAAUAUUUAAUUAAAACAAAUACGAGGUGGUCAAAAAUUCAGACUAGGUAAAAUAUAAAAGUACCUAGGCGUAGGUACACGGACUUUUGUAUUUUUGUUGAAAAUCAAUAAACUUUUAAAAGUUUACAUUUUAUUAUUAACUUACCUGUUCCAUUUUUUAUACUACUUAUCGAUUUUGUCUUUUCCCUUAAGUUAAGAAGACCUUAAAUAGUACAGAAAACAAUACACUUAGGGCUGGUUGUAUAAAGCUUACUUUAGGUGAUACAUGUUAAUUUCCGAUGCUAUAUGUGUAUGUUAAUGUUUUGGAAAACAAGCCCUAAGUGCUAAAUGGUAUUUAUAGACUGUACCUAUACCAUACAAAAUUUGUCAUGUGUCACCUCAAACCGAGUUUAAUUUUAAGUAAGAUUUAUACAACCCGCCCCUAAGAUAUCUUUAACUUUAAGGAAUCCUUAAGAAAGUCGUUGCAAACGGCUUUUAGUUUGACACUUUGAAUUACCUAUUUAAAAUUUUUAUUUGUACUGGUCCGUUUGGUUCAUGGUUCCUCAAUUCUAUUAUAAUUUGUUGUUUUAUUGACAAAAUAAUUAGAAAAGUAAUUAUAAAAGUAAUUGCUAAUUCCUUCUUUCAUGUAAUUAAAUCAAUACAAUUCCUAUUUUUACAACAUGUACUUUGUACUUAUAAUUAAUUCAUUUUUUGAAAAAUUACUUUGUAAUUGUAAUUAUUUUUAAAGUACAUGUAAUUACCCAGCUGUGGUAUUCAUAACAUGUCAGUAAAUACUUAUUUGUUAAUAUAUUUAUCUGAAAUAAAAGUUUGUAUCUGGGAGUACCAUUAUUAUUUAUUUCCGUAGGGCUCCUGGUUGGUUAGGACACCCCAGAUAACCACAUCAUAAUCGGCAGAAUAACCUACUGGAUUUAAAUUCCUAAAUAUCGUUUCAAAAGAUUA